AUGGUGCUUUUGGAAGACGAUGAUGAUAUCUGCUGGAACAGUGAUGACGAGCGGGAGAUUGAGGCUUACGGUGCUCCACUGUCACCGUCGAGUUUUCAGAUUAGUGCGGCUGUGACUGGGAGAGAACAGGAUGCUUCCAUGGUGGGUUCAUCUGGCACUAAAUUGAUGGAUCGCUUCCUCAGAAUGGGGUUCCCGGAGAAACUGGUGUUUGAAGCUAUUCAGGAAAAUGGGGAGGAAAAUGAAGAUGCGAUUCUUGAAACUCUUCUGAGGGAAAGCCCAUCCUCCUCGAGCCCUGCUGAUAGCUCUAAUGGCUCCAAGGUGAUUGAUCACUUUGUUGGCAUGGGUUUCUCCAAGGAGAUGGUUGCCAAAGUGAUUCAGGAGAUCGGGGAGGAAAAAACAGACUCUAUAUUGGAAACUCUGCUCACAUACUCGGCCAUUGAAGAACCUGCUGAGGAUCAGCCUACUCUGGACUCUGAUGCUGAAUUUGAAGGAAGCUUUCUGGAUGAAUUUUCAGAUUUUGAUAGUUGUGAGAGUGAGGUUAAUGUAAAAAUCGAGCCUGAUGAAGAUGACACUGUCUCUUCCCUUGUAAAGAUGGGAUACACAUCAAUCGAGGCUGCAAAAGCAAUAGAGAGAUGUGGUCCAGAUGCCACAGUGGAGAUGCUCACUGAUUUUAUUUGUGCUGCUCAGAUGGCAAGGGAAGCAGAUGCUUUGUUCCCAGAUGAAGAGUCGAAGCCAAACUUGUUGAAUAAUAAGCUGAAGAAGAGGAGCUAUCUGGACAGAGACCUUCAGCGGAAAAAACAGAGGAUGAUCACUUCUGAAGAUGAUGAGAUUCUCAGCCUUCCAAACCCAAUGAUUGGCUUUGGUCUCCCUGGAGACAUACCUCGGAAGAUUCAUCGGAAGAUUCCUGCUGGACCUCCCUACUUCUACUACGAGAAUGUAGCUCUAGCUCCGAAAGGAGUCUGGCAGACGAUUUCACGUUGCCUCUACGACAUUGAGCCAGAGUUCGUAGACUCAAAACAUUUCUGUGCUGCUGCAAGGAAACGAGGCUACGUCCACAACCUCCCCAUUGAAGGACGAUUUCCACUUCUUCCUAUUCCUCCACAGACCAUUCACGAUGCUAUCCCCAUUACAAAGAGAUUUUGGCCCAGAUGGGAUCCUCGUGACAAGCUCAACUGCUUGCAGACCGCAUAUGGUAGCGCCAAGUUGACCGAGAGGAUCCGGAAGGCGGUUGAGCAGUACGAUGGAGAUCCGCCAGAAAAGACACAGAAGUGGGUUAUGUACGAGUGCCGCAAGUGGAAUCUCGUUUGGGUGGGGAAGAACAAGGUUGCACCACUUGAGCCUGAUGAGGUUGAAAGUCUACUGGGGUUCCCAAAAAAUCACACGAGGGGUGGAGGGAUUAGUAGGACAGACAGAUACAAGUCGCUCGGCAACUCGUUCCAGGUUGACACAGUUGCCUUCCACCUGUCCGUGUUGAAGGAGAAGUUUCCAAAGGGUCUCAAUAUGCUGUCUCUCUUCUCCGGGAUUGGUGGUGCUGAAGUGGCUCUCUACCGGCUUGGAGUGCCGUUGAAGAACGUGGUGUCUGUUGAGAUCUCAGAGGUGAACCGAGGGAUUAUGAAGUGCUGGUGGGAGCAGACAGGGCAGAAGGGCAUGCUGAUCGACAUUGACGAUGUGCAGAAAGUGACUGCUGAGCGGCUGGAGCACUUGAUGUCUGUUGUUGGAGGGUUUGAUCUGGUAGUCGGUGGGAGUCCAUGCAACAACCUAGCUGGUAGCAACAGGCACCACAGGGACGGCCUGGAGGGUAGAGAGUCUUCUCUGUUUUACGAUUACUGUCGUAUUCUUGAAGUGGUGAAAAAUCUAACUGCUGCUAGAGCUAACUAG